AUGAGUGCCUCGCCGUCCAAGCCGCCGUCGGGGCCUAAUUCGGUCACCCCUACUCCGAGCGGACCGCCGCCGCUACGCAAGAAGGCACCCGCGAGCAUCUUCACACAAAAGAAGAAGCCGGUCAAGCGACCCACGCCAGGGACAAGCACAAGCGCUCCGAAAACUGCCAGCGCGGCAUCCGCGACGAAUGGCAGUAAGCAAAGUGCGGCGAAAGAGACGCCAGAAGAGGGGAAGUACCAAGUGUUCCCGAUUGUGGUGUCGAAAGAUGCCUUGAUGCAAGGGCUACACUACCAUGCCAUGCGCCUGCAAUCGCGCUCAGACAAAGAACAUGGCGGCACGAUGAUGAUCAAUCCCUAUGAUGAAAGCCAGUUCACCCGCCCCGUCCGUCUUCACCGCCGAAGUGCUCGCGACAAGAUGGAGACGCUGGAGCAGUCCGAUGCAGCUUCGGGGGUGGAAGACAAAGAACGGGAGGUGAUGAAUGCUAGGCGGGCAGAGCGGCAAGCGGAGAGGGAAGCAAACCAAGCCCUCAUCGCUCCAACUGGUGCAGAGACGAAGAAGCGCACUAAGAAGAAGUCGCAGAAGAAGGUGGAGGAUGUGUACUACGAUGAAAAUGACCCGAAGCAGAGACAACGUGCGCAGCUCCGCUAUGAGGAGGCCCGGCCGUGGCAUCUGGAGGACUUUGACAACAAGAAUGUGUGGGUGGGAAGCUACGAAGAACCACUGACGGAGACCAGUGUGAUGUUUGAAAUCGGAGAACAGGGCUUCAAAAUGGUUCCCGUGGAGAGGUGGUACAAAUUCACACAAACGAACAGAGUCAGCGCCAUGGAUUCCGAUGCGGUAGAAAAGCACAUGGGGAAGAAGUUCAAGGCACCAAGGUGGUUCUUGGGCACUCAGGAGGCAAAUGAUGAUAUGCGGAGGCAAGCCGCUAUGGCGCAGAGGCAACACAUGGCGGCACAGAUGCGGAGGUUUGAUGAUGAUGACGCCCCCAGGACUGCAAAGAGGGAGGAGUAUCGUGCCGAUGUGGAUGAAAUUGAUUUCGAAUUCAACGACGAGUUCCAAGACGAUGACGAAGGCUUCAUCUUCGGAGAUCAAGAGGUGGACGAGGCGAAAGAAAUAGAGAAGAAGAUUCGUGACGAGAUGCGCGAGGCCAAUUUGGGUGGCACGGGGGUGAAGGACGAAGAUAAAGAUUGGGAUGCGGAAGAGCAGAAGGAGAAAGUCAAGGAGCAGGAGGAAAGGCGCCGAGCGAAGCGCAUUCGCAAGCAAUUGAUCAAGAAGGAGCGCAAGAAUGAGUACGAUUCGGAGAGUGAGCGCAAUGAAUUCUCGGAAAGCAGCGAAAGUGAAGACUCGGAGGAGGAGCGUGAGCGGGCGGAGGAAGAGAAGAAGCAGCAACAGCAGCAGGAGGAAGCUCGGAAGCUCGGGGGAGACAAAUCUGGCGCUUCGACCAGAGGGACAAAUACUCCCAGCGGCCGUUCCGAGAAGCGAGAUGUGUCAAAGCUGCUGGCUGCGUCGCUCAAACGUCCUGGCUCUCCCGACCUUUCCGAGCUUAGCGGGAACGAGUCCAGUCGGAAGAAGGCCAAGGGAGUUAAUGGUCGGGCUCUAUCCCCUAAUGCGCCCAAUGGCGCUCGUUCGCUUUCUCCCGACUCUCCCAAGUCUAAGCGCGCUCAUAGCGCAGGCUACGGCUCCGGCAGCGAAACGGACACAUCGCGCACCGGCCGGCCGAAAUUGCGCCUCAAAGCCAGUCCACCAGGUUCUCCCCACGAAGGCUCUCGCGCAGGCUCACCCUCGGGCAGCAACAGUCGAGCACAAAGCCCCUCGCGCAAGACCUUUCCCACGCUGGAGGAAGUGCGGGCGGCCAUUCCAGCCGAGGGCAUUGCGAUUUCUGAGUUUAUGAAGCUGUUUAAGCCACGCAUCGCGGCUCAGGAGCAACGACAGGCGGACUUUUUCGCGCUGGUGAAGCAGGCUGGGCGACAGGAUCCGGGGAGCAAGAAGAUCUAUCCUAGGGAGGUGUGA